GUUGGUCUGUGCGACGGAACCCUUGCAGGAAGUCAGGUGAAUGUUGGGAGUAUGAUGUUGGUCACCCUCCACAUUUGGUGGUCAUCUCGGAAGUAUAACUAGUGCCAUCACCGGGAAUUCGAUAAUGACAACAACAUUGUGCAAUCACAAUCUCGAUGAUGGAUACGACUUUUUUUACCCGGAAGUUGGUCACGGCCGCCGCCCUGUUUCUGUGCGGCUUCCUUUGUUUCGUGAUUGCGUUUGCCACCCCGUCAUGGCUACAUGUCCGCGAGGGAAUCCAUGGUGGUCUCUGGUCCAAAUGUUUAAUGGUGAAGGAACCAGCGUACUGGACGUGUGACUCCUGGGCACAACCGACAAACGGUUUUAUAACGGCCUCCCAGGCAUUCGCCGUCAUGUCAUUGUUGUUGUACAUAUUCCUGUUUGUCGCUAUGAUUGUCACUAUUGUGUCCAUGGUACAAGACAUUCCCUACCGGAAGUACAUCGACCAGAAGUGUGUUCUCAUGAUACUGGCUGUCAGUACUUUUUCAGCAGCGAGUCUGGCUAUUAUGUCGGGGACUGUGAUGGGGAUUAAGGGGAAGGACUAUGUGUUUGAUCUCCAGCGAAACGAGUACAUUGUUUUCUCGUACAAUCAGAGAAGGAUAGAUAUUACAGGUCCACUCAACCUCGGCUGGUCCUUUGUCGUCAAUACCCUGGCCGCCAUCUUUACGUAUGCUUCGUUUGCUUUUCUUGCUGCUGAAUACAAACUGCUGCCUGAGGAUGACGAUCACGAAUGUCAGGAAAACGUUUGAUACAUGUCUAAAAAUAGAUAUGCAAAUACUGGUGUAGGGCCAAUAUCACUCAUUGAUGAAGAUGGCAUAUGGUUCAGAUGGAAGAAUUGGAUUACAUUAUCUGUUGGCAUGUGAAAUUACGUUACAGGAAAACAUGUACAUGUGGUAUUCUAGAUCUGAAAGCAUGACACAAUAACAUCACGUGUCACGAGGUCAGCGUUUGGAGGGACCGGAAGUGAAAAUGAGAUAAACUUUGAUAUUUGAAAUAUAUCAUUGUCCCAUGAGAUGUUUACUGGCGGCGAAUCGUUACAAUUUCAGUUGGUGUGUGUGAUGCCUCAUUGUCUGUUGCUUCACGUUUGUAUGCCUUAACAUGGGCCCGGAGAAGGAAGUCUUAGACAAGGGGAAGUCCUAAUCAAAUACAUGGGUCCAGGGAAGUCCUAGACAAGGGGAAGUCCUAAUCAAAUACAUGGGCCUGGGAAGUCCUAAUCCGGUACAUGGGCGCGGGGGAGGAAGUCUUAGACAAGGGGACGUCCUAAUCAGGUACAUGGGCCUGGGGAAGUCCUAAUCAGGUACAUGGGCCUGGGGAAGUCCUAAUCCGGUACAUGGGCGCGGGGGAGGAAGUCCUACACAAGGGGAAGUCCUAAUCAAAUACAUGGGGCUGAAGAAGGAAGUACCAGACAAGGGGACGUCCUAAUCAAAUACAUGGGCCCGGUUAAACCAUUAUAAAGUACAUGGAUAUAAGGAUGACCUUAUCAAGUACAAGGGUCCGGGGAAAUCCUAAUCAAAUAUAUGGGUCCGGGAAGGAAGUCCUAGACAAGGGGAAGUCCUUAUCAAGUACAUGUGUCCGGGGAAAUCCUAAUCAGGUACAUGGGUCCGGGGAAGUCCUAAUCAAGUACAUGGGUCCGGGGAAAUCCUUAACAUGUACAUGUGUCCGGGGAAGUCCUAAUCAAGUACAUCGAUGAAUUUAUAUCUGUAAACUAAGAAGAUCAUAUCACGCAAAUUUUGAUUCGGGCCUGUCUUUUUUAUGUCGCAUUGUUGCAGACUCCAGGCAAAAGCUGCCAACGCCAUAUUUGGUUUCCAAAUUCAGAUAUGUCUUGAGUACAAGCGAGAGUUGGUCUUUGUGCUUUAAAAUAGUUGAGGAAUGCAUGACUUUGACAACAAGUAGAAAGUCCGAAAGGGUGCGCAUUAAUUUACUACGGACUUUACUACAGAUUUAACAAACAGUGCGGGUAUAUAACGAGCAGUGUGGGUAUCCAAUGAACAAUGUGGGUAUCCAAUGAACAAUGUGGGUAUCCAAUGAACAAUGUGGGUAUCCAAUGAACAAUGUGGGUAUCUAUCCAAUGAACAAUGUAGGUAUCUAAUGAGCGAUGUAGGUACAGCUGUAUCUAAUAAACGGUCUGGGUAUCUAAUAAACGGUCUGGGAAUCUAACGAACGGUGUGGGUAUCUAAUGAACGGUGUGGGUAUCUAAUGAACGGUGUGAGUAUCUAAUGAACGGUGUGGGUAUCUAACGAGCGGUGUGGGUAUCUAACGAGCGGUGUGGGUAUCUAAUGAGCGGUGUGGGUAUCUAACGAGCGGUGUGGGUAUCUAACGAGCGGUGUGGGUAUCUAAUGAACGGUGUGGGUAUCUAAUGAGCGGUGUGGGUAUCUAACGAGUGGUGUGGGUAUCUAACGAGCGGUGUGGGUAUCUAACGAGUGGUGUGGGUAUCUAACGAGUGGUGUGGGUAUCUAACGAGUGGUGUGGGUAUCUAACGAGUGGUGUGGGUAUCUAACGAGUGGUGUGGGUAUCUAACGAGUGGUGUGGGUAUCUAACGGACAGUGUAGGUAUCUAACGAGUGGUGUGGGUAUCUAGCGGGCAGUGUGGGUAUCCAACGAGCGGUGUGGGUAUCUAACGAGCGGUGUGGGUAUCUAAUGAGCGGUGUGGGUAUCUAACGAGUGGUGUGGGUAUCUAACGAGUGGUGUGGGUAUCUAGCGGACAGUGUAGGUAUAUAACGAGCGGUGUGGGUAUCUAACGAGUGAUGUGGGUAUCUAACGGA